AUGGGGAAGAAAUCUAGCAUAUACAAAUCUCAAAAAAUCGACAAUAUUCAAAUGGAGAAUAUCGCCCAUGUACGGGCAGAAAGAGAUGCCCUCGUGUAUGCAAACAGUUGUUGGAUCGUCGAGCUGUAUUACAUGUUUCAAGACUCACUCAACUUAUACAUUGUCAUGGAGUUCCUUCCUGGAGGUGAUCUGAUGAGUCUGCUGAUGAAGAGGGAUAUUUUGACGGAGAACGAAGCACGUUUUUAUUCUGCCGAAAUUGCGCUGGCCAUAAAUGCCAUUCACCAGCUCAACUUCAUUCACCGCGAUAUUAAGCCCGACAACCUUGGACACAUCAAAAUAGCCGACUUUGGUCUUUGCACUGGUCUCAAAAAGUCACAUUCUACUGAUUUCUACAAGAAUUUGAUGGACGAAAACAAAUGUAUGUCCCUUGCAUCAAAAUUAGUGGAACUGUCCACAUUAUCUCGUUCGGAGACGUGGAAGAAUAGGCGGAGAAAACUGGCGUACUCAACGGUGGGGACUCCAGACUACAUUGCCCCCGAAGUAUUCGCAUCCGCCGGCUACGGCAAUGCUUGCGAUUGGUGGUCGCUCGGAGUCAUUACCUACGAAAUGCUAAUUGGCAGGAUUUCCGCAUUUUAUUUUGUAGGAUACCCCCCAUUUUGUGCAGACUACCCCCAGCAGACGUACAAAAAUAUUUUGAAUUGGCGGGAGACGUUGACUUUUCCUCCCGAUGUGCCCAUUUCCGUCCUCGCUGUUGAUUUGAUCCAACAGUUCUGUUCGGACGUUUCUACUCGCUUCAAUUCUCUGGCGGAAGUCAAAGAACACCCAUUUUAUAACCAUGUUGACUGGCAACAUAUUCGGUAUUAUUAA